AUGUCCCCGCAAGAAGACAAGAGGCGGCCUGCCGCCCUCAACCUCGCUCCCGCUCGAUCAGCAUCCACAGAUUCGUCAUCGUCCGAGUCAUCACUGAAGCCCCCCCGCACUCCUCGCUUCGCAGAAGCAACAUCAGUUCACUCUCCUGUUGAUGGUUCUCGGUCGCCCUUUGCCGACCCCAUCAGAUCCGAAGUACCUCAGUCUCAGCCUGGGGACAUCGGAUUCGGCUACAUCAGCAAUAGCGGCGGUAGCAACCGCGAAUCCGUCGCCGUCCCGAUGACUCCGAGAUCGCCACUCAAGAGCGCCAUGAGGGUGCCCGGGACCCCAGCGAGGAAGAUCGAGAACCCGCUCAGCCCAACCUUCCGAGAGGAGGACAUCUUGGAGAAGCGCGAGGAGGCGACUGACAAGGAACAAGCACGCGACCUAAAAAUCAAGACCCGCGUCCGCAUGGCCAAAUUCGCUCUUCGUGGCGUCAGCUUCAGCUGCAGUCUGAUCAUCAUCAGUAUGCUUGCGGCUUCCUUCCAGAUUUUCAACGCGACCAGGCGCCUCCCUGCUCAAAGCGGUCUCCCAGCAUGGGCUGAAGGCACUGCUAUCUGGCCCCAGGUUCUGGUUAUUACCAUGUCUUCCAUCUCUCUUUUAGUCUGUAUCGGUGUCUUGCUCUCUUACUGCCGCGGCGGUCAUGCCCGUGCCGAGAAAGUCGCCACCUACUACACUCUCUUCUCUAUCGGCUGGUUCAUCCUUUCCAUGAUCAUGUGGGCUAUCUCCGCCGGUAUCUUCCAGUCGAGUCGAAGCAAUGGCGGCGGCAAGGACAUGUGGGGUUGGUCGUGCAAGGAGAACAAGCGCGCCGAGGUCUUCAGCGAGAAGGUCGAUUAUGCCCUCAUCUGCCGACUCCAGAACUGGGCCCUCAUCUGCAUGGUUAUCGAAAUCGUCAUCGAUGUCAUCUGCGUCCUGCUCUAUAGCAUCGUUUUCUACCGAUACUACACCAAGCGCCGCCUCCACAAGUCUAUGGACAUGCGCGACCGCGCCCGUUCUGAUCUCUACCUCGCCCAGCUCCGGACCCAGUCCGCCCCGAACACGCCCGGCCUUAAGUCUCCCGGCCUGUACUCUCAGUACGCCCUGUCUCCCCGCCACCCCGACAAGACCUUUGAGAACCUGUCCCGCAUCGAGGAGGCCUCCCCAUUCACCCCGGGAACCCGCUUCGUCGAGCCCGAGUCCAGCUUCAGCAAGUCCAAGCCCGCAUUCCAGCUCCAAGCCCCUCCGUCCAAGGCUCGCUCGGCGACCAAGCCCGGACAGGGCUCCUUCACACCCACUUCUCCAGAAGGCCCUGCUCCGUCAUUCCCUUUCCAGCAAAAAACCCAGACAUCGCAGCAGGAAGAAUCGCCGCAAGUGCAGACCCAGCAGCAUGCGCCGAUGGCUGCCGACGAGCCUGUCUACGACGCCGUGCCGAUCCCCGGGGCCUACGCCGAUGCGCCAGUGAAGAGCCCGCCACCGCACCAGUACUCCUUUGGCCAGGCGAGAUAA